AUGGGACAAGUAAACUCUGUUCCUCUCGCCCUUACCCUAGGUCAUUGGUCAGAGAUUAGGGGGAGAGCACAUAAUCUUUCUUUGACUGUUAAUAAAGGAAAAUGACAAACUCUCUGUUCUUCAGAAUGGCCCUCCUUCCAGGUAGGAUGGCCUCCAGAAGGAUCUUUUCACCCGUCUCUGGUUCAAGCAGUAAAAACUGUAAUCUUCCAUUCCAGUCGCUCCGGCCACCCUGACCAACAACCAUAUAUUCUAGUUUGGCAAGAUCUUUGUGAAAAUCCACCGGAGUGGGUAAGACCUUUUCUUCCUCCAGCUCCACCUGGACUGGCUACCCUCCUGCCAGUUAAGGCUCAAUCUUCACCUCCUGGUCUCUAUCCACCCUUACCACCUCCUGUCCUACCAGAAUCCCAAACAGAUCUGAUUCAAUUCGAUCUAGAGGCUCCUCCUCCCCCUCUAUAUGCCCAACCUGCCUCUUCGGAAUCCUCUUCGUUGUAUGAUGAUGGUGGACCAGCCCAAGGAACAUAUAAUGGUCACGGAGGGGAGAUGCCAACACUUCAAUAUUGGCCCUUCUCCACCUCUGAAUAUAAUUGGAAAAAUAACAACUCCCCUUUUUCUGAGGAUCCUUCUAGGAUAACCGCAUUGAUGGAAUUGCUCAUGUAUUGUCACCAGCCCACCUGGGAUGAUUGUCACCAGCUGUUGAGCACCCUGUUCACUCAGGAAGAAAGGGAGAGGAUCCUCACAGAGGCCAGGAAAUUGGUUCCUGAACUGGGUGGGGUACCCACCCAGAUGCUGAACCUCAUUGAUGAUGCCUUCCCCCUGCACCGCACUGACUGGGACCCAAACACCCCUGAUGGUAGGGAGCAUCUGUCCAUCUAUCGCCAGACUCUUAUGGCCAGUCUCAAGGCGGCCGCGCGCCGGCCUACUAAUCUGGCUAAGGUAAGAGAAAUUAAUCAAGGUCCUGAUGAAUCGCCCUCAGCAUUUCUAGAAAGAAUAAUGGAGGCUUAUCGUAGAUAUACCCCCUUCGAUCCUCAGGAUGAAGGGUUAAGACGGUCUAUUGCUAUGUCUUUUAUAACCCAAUCAGCCCUUGAUAUCAGAAAGAAACUCCAACAUUUAGAUGGGUUACAAAAUACAACCCUAAGAGACUUAGUAAAGGAAGCAGAGAAAGUGUUUUAUAAAAGAGAGACAGAGGAAGAAAAAGAGAUAAGAAAAGAAAAAGAAAGAAGAAAGAGGGAAAAAGAAAGAGAUUGGAGAUGGAACAAGGAAUUAACUAAGAUCUUGGCCACAGUAGAUCAGGGAAAUACAGGUGAGAAAAAGCCACGCCGCCCUCCAUUAGAGCCCAAUCAAUGUGCUUAAUGUAAGGAAACAGGACACUUUAUCAAGGAUUGCCCUACACUCAAACAAAAAAGAGAAAGAGAAAAACAUAAACAGCAAGCUCUUGGAGCCCAAAGGCACCAGCCUAAUGUGUUGGCCCUAGAGGAAGACGACGACUAGAGGAGACGGAGCUCGGUCCCCCUCCCCGAGCUGAGGGUAUCCUUUGAUGUGGAGGGGACUCCAAUUGAUUUUGAAGUAGAUAAAGGUGCGGUAUUCUCUGUCUUUCAAAAUCCUCUUGGACCUCUGUCCAGCCGGAGGUCUUUAGUUCAAGGGGCAAAUGGCAGUAGAUAUCGGGCCUGGACUACAAAGAGGACUAUGGAUUUGGGAAAAGGAAAAGUACAACAUUCUUUUCUAGUCAUACCAGAAUGUCCAGCUCCACUUAUGGGAAGAGACUUAUUAACCAAAUUGAGAGCCAGAAUAACCUUUGAGCCUCAGGGGCCCCAAGUGACUUUCCUUAAUCCUCUGGUGGGCCAACCCAUAGCAACUAUGCUGGCCAUAGCUACAGAAGAUGAAUAUCAACUCUACUCAACCAAAGCCCCAUCUAUUCCUCAAAAUUGGUUGACAGAUUUUCCUGAUUCAUGGGCUGAAACUGCUGGACUAGUACUUGCCACCUUACAACCGCCUGUGUUAAUAUUCUUAAAAGUAUCUGCCACUCCAGUCCACAUUAAACAAUACUAUAUAAGUAAGGAAGCUCACCAGGGGAUAAAAGGACACAUACAAAAGUUUCUUGGCCUGGGAGUGUUAAUACCAUGCCGGUCGGCCUGGAAUACUCCUCUUGCGGUCAAAAAGCCAGGGACAGGGGACUAUAGACCAGUGCAAGACCUACAGGAAGUAAACAACAGAGUAGAGGACAUACAUGCUACACUGCCUAAUCCCUACAACCUACUCAACACCCUGAGCCCCGAAAAGACUUGGUAUACAGUAUUGGACCUAAAAGAUGCCUUCUUUUUCCUGUCUUUACAUAAAGAUAGCCAACCCCUGUUUGCUUUUGAAUGGACGGACCUGGAGAUGGGGACAACAGGACAGCUGACCUGGACCCGCCUCCCUCAGGGGUUCAAAAAUAGCCCUACUAUAUUUGAUGAAGCCCUCCACAAGGACUUGACUGCCUUCUGGGUCCAACACCCUGAGGUAACUCUCCUCCAAUAUGUAGAUGACCUUCUGCUGGCUGCAAACUCGGAAACAGACUGUAUGUAUGGGACUCGGGGACUUUUACAAGAACUGGCCAAAUUGGGAUACCAAGCCUCAGCUAAAAAGGCUCAAAUUUGUCAAAGGGAAGUCAUCUUUUUAGGGUACACCCUCAAAGAUGGGAAAUGAUGGCUCACUGAGACCAGAAAAAAGACUGUCACGCAAAUUCCUCUGCCCGUAAACCGGAGGCAAUUAUGGGAAUUCCUGGGAACUGCAGGAUUUUGCCGCCUAUGGAUUCCAGGUUUCACAUUCCUGGGCCCCCUCUAUCCCCUCCUUAAGGGAGAUGCCACUUUUACCUGGGGCCCAGACCAACAACAGGCCUUUGAUGAUAUCAAAAGGGCCCUGUUGUCAGCCCAAGCCUUGGCUCUACCCAAUGUGGACAAACCUUUCACUCUCUACAUUGAGGAAAAACGGGGGAUAGCACAGGGAGUGUUAACUCAAGCCUUUGGCCCCUGGAAACGGCCUGUGGCCUAUUUGUCAAAAAGAUUAGACUCUGUGGCUAGCGGAUGGCCCCACCGCUUAAAAGCUAUUGCGGCUGCUGCCAUGUUAACGAAAGAUGCAGACAAAUUAACCUUGGGGCAAAAGCUAACUAUAAUAGCCCCACACAGUCUGGAGAGUGUAAUUCGUCAACCCCCCGAUAGAUGGCUCUCUAAUGCCAGGAUUACUCAUUACCAAAGUCUCUUGCUCAAUAAAGACCGAAUAAUGUUUGGUCCGCCAACUGCCCUCAACCCAGCCACUCUACUGCCCGAAGAAACACUGGAACCAAUCCUCCACACCUGCCAAGAGAUCUUAGCAGAAGAAACUGGAAUUCGCCGAGACCUCACAGACCAGCCACUCCCGAACGCUGAGGUAACCUGGUACACUGACGGCAGCAGUUUCUUGCUAAACAGUAAGAGACUUGCGGGGGUCGCCGUCACUGAUGGGACUCGGGUUAUCUGGUCAUCAGGAUUGAGGGAGGGCUCUUCCGCACAGCGGGCAGAACUAAUUGCCCUCACUAAGGCUUUAGAGCUGGCCGAGGGAAAAAGGGCAACCAUCUAUACCGACAGCCCUUACGCUUUCGCUACAGCACAUAUUCACGGAGCUAUCUACUAACAAAGCGGGCUCCUCACUUUGGCUGGGAAAGAAAUCAAAAAUAAACAGGAAAUACUUAGACUUUUGUCAGCUAUUAUGCUGCCACAAAAACUGGCUAUAGUACAUUGCAACAGCCAUCAGAAGGGCUCUAGCCCCAUUAUAAAGGGAAACAACCACGCUGAUGAGGCUGCCAGACAAGCGGCCCUAAAUGCUCCUACUGCCCUGACCUUAGAGGCAACAGAGCCGCCUGAACUUCCUACACCGCCCCAUCCGAUGGAGGAACCAGAGCUUCUAGCCUUUUUCCAACAAGUUCAUAAGUUAACUCAUUUGGGCAUCAGGAAACUCUGCCUACUGGCUCGACAUCAUGCCACCAGUAACCUACCUCUAUCUAAGGUCCAAAGACUGGCUGAACAGGUCACCAAGGAAUGUAAAGCUUGUCAACUUGUCAACCCUCAUCCCUCAAAACUUGUUGAGGGAAUAAAGUUACGAGGAGAUCGACCUGAACAAUUUUUGGAGGUAGAUUUUACUGAAAUAAAGCCUGCCAAAUAUGGACUCAAAUAUUUGUUAGUUUUUAUAGACACUUUUUCAGGAUGGACCGAAGCCUUUCCUAUCAAAUGGGAGACUGCUCAAAUAGUAGUCAAAAAGCUGAUGGAAGAAAUAUUUCCUCGUUUUGGCAUGCCAAAAGUAAUCGGGUCUGACAACGGACCGGCAUUCGUGGCUCACGUAAAUCAGGGAGUGGCCAAGGUAAUGGGGAUUGAUUAGAAAUUUCAUUGUGCCUACAGACCCCAAAGUUCAGGACAGGUAGAGAAAAUGAAUAGAACAAUUAAAGAGACCUUAACUAAAUUAGUCCAAGAGACUGACCUUAAGGAUUGGACCAUGCUCCUACCUUAUGCUCUGUUUAGAGCGAGAAACACUCCAACUUCUAAACCACCUAACCUAACUCCCUUUGAGAUUUUAUAUGGUACUCCUCCCCCCAUACGAGACCUUAGUCCACGGCCUAAAGACUUAAAAACACCCCAUACCCCCUUGCCUGAUAGACUCUUGAUUCUUGACCAGAUCCACCAGAUCUUAUGGCGGCAACUUUCCUCGGCCUACCAGCCCAGCGACGGACCCACUCCCUACCAAUUCCAUGUGGGAGACUAGGUGUUCAUCCAACAACAUCAGACUGAGACCCUACAACCCCGCUGGAAAGGACCCUAUCAGGUACUGUUAACUACACCGACAGCAGUCAAAGUUGACGGCAUCACUUCUUGGAUCCAUGCUUCCCACCUCAAGCUGGCACCACAGCCACUCAAUCAUGAAUGGACUGUGGAAAAGGUUGAUAACCCUCUUAAAGUUUGGAUUCUUAGGGUUACUAACCCUGCGUCCAAUUGGGGGUGA